AUUUCCUAGAACAGUUUCAACCUUGGUAUGAAGCAGGCGGUCAGACACAAAGACGAUCCACCCUCUUCCCCGUUGUCGCCGUCGCUGCUUGCCGAAGCAACGUCCGGUCAUAUCUCUCUCCCUGCAAGGCGAGAUGGGAAUGCGAUCUCGCGCGGAGGCUAUCAUCUCCUCCAUCGUCCCUGUGCAUCCCCACGAAAUCUCCUCGCUGAUCCACUCUGCUUCCUGCUUCUUCUUCCUCUUGAGCGCGUAUUUUGUGAUUCUUCCCCUGCGCGACGAGGGGGCGAUAUCUCUGGGACUGGAGAACCUCCCCGGUCUUUUCGUUGGAUCUCUGAUUCUGACGUUGCUUGCCGCUCCAGUGUCGACCCUCGUCUUUUCCCUGCCUAAUCUCUCCAAAGCAAGGGCGUUGGUUUGGAUACAUAGGUUUUUUAGUGUAUCCCUUAUUAUAUUCUUCCUUCUUUGGCAUGCAUCUUCUCCUAGAUUUUUUGGUAGCGCCUCCAAGGAAUCAGAGCAUUCACUUAAAGAACUGAAUCCUAAACAGGAUAUUCAUUCAAGUAGUUGGAGUAACCAUGGAUGGUUCUAUGUUAUAGUUCGAAUAAGCUUAUUCUUAUGGGUUGCGUUGCUUAAUCUUGUGACAAUAUCAUCAACUUGGGCAAGGGUGAUAGAUGUUAUGGACAACGAGUCAGGUUCAAGACUAUUUGGUUUCAUUGGUGCUGGUGCUACAUCAGGGCAACUUUUCGGAUCACUCUUUGCAGCAGGCAUGGCUUGGAUAGGACCAUUUUUGCUCUUGUUCUCUGCCCUCUUGUUGGAGCUUGCUGCACAGUCAUCAAAAGGAAUACGUCAUGAUGUGCAUACUGAAUCUACAGAAUUUUCAACCAUUAGGGAAUAUGUGCAGGAUGAUAAUACUUUGUCAAAUGAAGAAACAACAGCUUUGGUCAUGGCUUCUCCUAAAUCAGUAACAAAUAUCGUGAAAACUCGGCCUUUCAUAAUGUUGGAAGGACUUUGGCUUAUCUUAUCUUCAACUUACCUUCUCUGUGUGUCUCUCUUUCUGUGGCUGGGUGCUGUUGUAUCUUCCUUCUUCUAUUUUCAGAAAGUGACAAUCAUCGCAACAACAGCUGUGGGGUCUAUUGCUAGGAGAAGAUUAUUUGCACUAAUUAACAGCUUCAUUGCUGUAUUUAUUCUUGCUGGGCAACUUACUUUGACGGGUCGUAUUCUGACAGUUGCUGGUGUUACUAUAGCUAUUUGCUCGGCGCCAUUUGUAGCAACUUUGAGCAUGGUUGCCCUUGCUUUACAGCCUACAUGGGUAGCAGUUGCUCUCACUGAAACUGUUAGGAAGGUAACUACCUAUGUGGUAACAAGACCUGGAAGGGAACUCCUAUUCACUGUUGUAUCACAGGAUGAGAAAUACAAAGCUAAGAUUUUCAUAGAUGUUAUCGUCCAAAGACUCGGUGAUGCAACUGCAGCUGGAAUGUAUAAAUUGCUCUUUGGCAGCCUUAGCAACAGGACAUCCAUGGCCUCUCUCUAUGUUUUACCCCUUUGUUUCCUCUGGCUAGCCGCAGCAUUUCACUUGGGAAGGCGCCAAACUUACCUAGCUAAGCUGCAGGCUGCUUCCUUAUCGACAUCCAAAACUGAACAGGUGCCUCAGUAAUUCUCAUCACAAGCAGCACGACAACUAUUGACUACUUCAGAUGUGAUAAACAAUGUUUACGCAACAUCGCCAUGACAUUUCAUGAGUUUUACUUUGGCCGGCUUUCAGAAAGAGACUGAUUUUAACCAGUAAAGGUUCGACCGUGGUGCAUGAACAUUCCAACUCCAGUGUAUAUUUCAUUCUGAUAGAACCUUGGAUGUUUCUUAUCCACUUGAAACUAUAAAUAGCUAGUUUGAACUACACAAAGAUAUGGUACGACUGGUUGAGAAAUAGUCAAAAAUAGCUUCUAUUCGACCAUUCAAAAUGUGUUGUAUCUUAUUCUCAUGUCAAAAUUGGGAAGAUUUGUUUGACGUUUAGCUUUUGACUUGAUAGCGUGGGUGCAUAAAUCUAAAU